UCUCAGGACGAUGAAGCGCCUAUGUGGUGUAACUCUGAUCUUAACUCUCUCUCUGUCUUACUACAUUUACAUGCCUUUACCUGCAACUGUCUCCGAGCCCUGGAAGCUCAUGCUGGUGGGGGCGACAUUUCGCACCGCCACUCACCUGGCUGAUGCCUCACACUCUCUGGGUCUGGUCCAUCAUGCCCGUGUCCUCAGUUUGGCCGUGAAGAGUUUUGAGAGUUUGUUGCCGGUGGAGUUUGAAGAUGUUCAGACGGAGGACACAGAGUUUGACGGUGUUCAGGUCCGCGUGUACACACCUCAACACCGAGACAACACGCUGAGACGCGCUGUAGUGUUCAUUCACGGGGGAGGCUGGACUCUCGGAGCUCCCAAGUUGGGUUCCUAUGACGUGCUGUGCAGGAAGAUGGCAGUCAAGCUGAACGCUGUGGUUGUGACAGUAGAUUACCGUAUGGCCCCAGAUGUACGCUUCCCAGUGCAGUAUGAGGAGUGUGUGCAGGCGGCACGCCACUUCCUGCGGCGUGACGUAUUGGCGCGUUACUCUGUGGAUCCGGACCGAGUCGCUGUCUGUGGUGACAGUGCGGGAGGAAACCUUGCUGCUGCAGUUGCACAACGGAUUGGCCAAGACAGCAGUGGUGAUAAUGUGAUGAACAACAGCAAUGAUGAAGCAAGGAACAGCAGUGGAGGUGGUGGGGUAAACUUUAAGCUACAGGUGUUGAUCUAUCCUGUCCUUCAGCCUCUGGACUUCAAUACUGCAUCCUACCAGCAGAACUGGGGAGUCCCCAUCCUGUACCGUGACCUGAUGGCCCGGUACUGGCUGGAGUAUCUGGGUGCGGACGCAUCCCUGCUCCACACCAUCCUCCUGAACAACCACACGGCACUGGACGAGUCUCGAGUCGACCCUCACCGCUCUAAAGUCGACUGGACCUCGAUGAUCCCUGAGCACAUGCGCAAACAGUAUACGGCCAUCUUCCCUGGGACCGGCUCGCCCUCCGUCCUGCAGGAUGUUCCUGCGAUACUGGACCCGCGAGCUGCUCCCCUGCUAGCCGAACCGGAAAUAUUAAAGAUGGUGCCAAAUGCUUAUAUCAUGACAUGUGAGCAUGACGUGCUGAGGGAUGAUGGAAUGAUGUACGUUCGGCGCUUAGAGCUUGCCGGCGUCUCUGUCAUGCACCGUCACUAUGGUGACUGCUUUCACGGCUGCUUGACCUUCGCUUUCUGGCCAUCGUACUUCUCUGUGGGGAUACGAGCCAUAGACGAUUACAUCGCCUGGCUUCAUACACACCUGUAGACGUUACAGUGUUUAUCUUUACAGACACUUAGACACUCAGGCUGUAUGUCUAAGAAUUUUGCUCAUGUUACUGUCAAUCGCAGAAUAAACAGUGCGUCAAGUGACAAAAUGAAAACACAACACUUGUAAAACUGCAGUAUUGCUUAAAUAUCUGUGCCUCUGUCUUGUAUAACAUCUAUGAAGUUUGAAAUUAAUUAUGUGUAAAAACAAAAAUGACAAAAUUGUGAUUUCUCUCAAGCCACUCCCCCUGACUUCACCCUACUUCCUCCGUCUCUGGAGCCACCCACCUAGCCCCGCCCAUUUAUCCCUCUCCAGAGCCAGUUUACGGUCAAAUAACCUUCUUGUUGACAAUCUUGUUGUCAACCCCUUACCUCUCUCUCUCUCUCUCUGGAGCUAUCAACUUAGCCCCACACCCUUAGCUCUCUCUCUCUCUCUCUCUCUCUCUCUCUCUCUCUCUCUGGAGCUAUCAACUUAGCCCCACACCCUUAGCUCUCUCUCUCUCUCUCUCUCUCUCUCUCCACAUGACCCUGCACCAAAGCCCUGUCUCUACAACUGGCCCCACCUCAUCAUCUCUCACUGAAGAUGUCCCCUUUGCCCCUGUAGCACUCUCUCUGCAGUACCCAAUUGGCCCCACCCACUAUUUCCUCUCUGGAGACAUCUGCUUGUUGGCUACCCUUUAGUGCUCUCCCUCUGGGACUGUUCACUUGGCCCUGCCUCCUCAACCCUCUCUGGAAACAUUUACAUGGCCUCACCCCCUUAACCCUCUCCCUGAAGACAUUUAUCUGUCUCCACAUCCUCAUUCCUUUCUGAAAAUAUCCACAUAGCCCCACCCCCUUAGCCUUUUCUCUCUGGAGACCUCCACUUGGCUCUGCUCCUUUAGCCCUGUCUCAGGAGACAUCUGCCUGGCUUCGCCUCGUCAUCUUCUCAUCCUCCUCCUCCUCAUCAGGAGUGUAAAUUGCACCUUGUAAUAGACACAUGAACAGAACAUGUAUAGAGAGAAAUUAAAACUGAACUUGCAAAUCUUACAAUUUCAAGAUCUGAUUAUGGAUGUAAACUUAAAUUUAAUACAAAAAUAACUCCAUCGUAUUUCACUGCCUAAAAUAAAUGACUUAAAUCCAAGCAUAAAACAAUAUAGCGAAAAUAUUGAGGUGAAACAAAAGCGUUAAAAAGUUGAAAGACCUAAAGUACGAGCCGAACGCAACACGACUAAUUUACGAACACGAGAGCAGACGUGUACGUACUGAACGGUGUGUCCCGAACUAAACUACAGACACAGGGCCUUGUUUAUUCACAAUUCUUUCCUAGUUUUAACUUCUAUAUUACAUUAACGUACAAUACAUAACGCACACACACACACUCUCUCUCUCUCUCCGUCUCUCUCUCUCUAUCUUUCUCUCUCUCUCUAUCAUCUCUCUCUCUCUCUCUCUCUGUCUCUC